AUGAACGGCGCCGGUGAUCCUGAAAGGGAGCAGGCGCUCGAGGAUUACAAGAAGAGCCUCCUGGAGCUUCGGGAAUGGGAGGCAAAGUUGAAAACACUUCGGAUGGGCAUCAAGGAUUUGCAGAGGGAGUUUGACAUCUCUGAAGAGAACAUCAAGGCUCUGCAAAGUGUUGGUCAGAUCAUUGGUGAAGUGUUGAAACAGUUGGAUGAGGAACGAUUCAUUGUGAAGGCUUCCUCCGGGCCUCGAUAUGUUGUCGGCUGCCGCUCUAAGGUCGAUAGGUCGAAAUUGAAACAGGGCACCCGUGUCGCCCUGGAUAUGACCACUCUGACUAUCAUGCGGAUGCUCCCGCGGGAGGUUGAUCCAUUGGUGUACAACAUGUCGUUGGAGGAUCCCGGCCAGAUCAACUUUGCCGGUAUUGGUGGUCUGAAUGAACAAAUUCGAGAGCUACGGGAGGUGAUUGAGCUGCCGUUGAAGAACCCAGAACUUUUCCAACGGGUGGGCAUCAAACCACCCAAAGGUGUGUUACUUUAUGGGCCCCCCGGCACAGGAAAGACACUACUUGCACGAGCCGUCGCAAGUUCCAUUGAGACCAACUUUUUGAAAGUUGUGUCCUCUGCUAUUGUUGACAAGUACAUUGGUGAAUCUGCACGGUUAAUACGAGAGAUGUUCGGCUACGCCAAGGAACAUGAGCCCUGUAUUAUAUUUAUGGACGAAAUUGACGCUAUCGGUGGUCGACGUUUCUCUGAGGGUACUUCUGCUGACCGAGAAAUCCAACGGACAUUGAUGGAGCUCCUUAAUCAGCUGGAUGGGUUCGACUAUCUUGGAAAGACGAAGAUCAUCAUGGCCACGAACCGGCCCGAUACGCUCGACCCGGCUUUGUUGCGAGCUGGUCGUCUGGAUCGAAAGAUCGAGAUCCCUCUGCCCAACGAAGUUGGUCGAUUGGAGAUCCUGAAGAUCCACUCGAGCACCGUCCAACUGGAUGGCGACAUUGACUUCGAGAGCGUGGUGAAGAUGAGUGAUGGGCUCAAUGGUGCCGAUCUUCGCAACGUUGUUACGGAAGCCGGUCUGAUUACCAUCAAGGAUUACCGAGAUGCGAUCAACCAGGAUGAUUUCAAUCGGGCGGUUCGCAAGGUGGCCGAGGCUAAGAAGCUGGAAGGCAAGCUGGAGUACCAGAAACUUUAG